CGCCUGGUUACCACGCUCCGUGAGAAAACGCGAUCUCUGUUGUCUUACCGUCUCACCAGGUUGAUGGAACGUGAGCAAACCUUAGGUACAGCUGACCGCACUCGCUGCUCAGCAGUAAAACGUUGAGUCAAUUCGGCAGAGGCAGAACAUAGAUUUUUUGCAGGGAAUCUUUAAACUUUUAUACAUGGCGGGACGUCUGCCAGAUGCUUAAUGGGAAGGGAACGUCCCACGUCUCCUUCCUCUACGAUUUUUCGCAGAAGUUUCAGCAGUCACCCGCUGGCAGCAGUCUUAUGUGGUCCGUGCCCACUUACGGUCAUCUCAGGUACGAAAAGAGCUUGAAGCAUUCAGAACCCAAAUGGCAGACGGCGAUGAGGGAAGUGCGAGACAAAGGCUUUAUUAAGUCUUGUUCUUGGUAAGUUCGUCGAUUCUGGCUUCUUCAGACAGGCGCACGUCCAGCUCUCGAAUCGCCGCACACCCUCGUCUCCUCAACGUCGCAUGCCAGGCGAGAUUCGGCUGUUCUUGCGCCUCGCUCUCCAUCGCGUUAACAGACCGACUACCGCUUUUAUCUGGUUGUCUCAUUUGUCCUUCUCUCAACCAGUCAGUGGAGAGCGACUCCGUCAUUCCGAGCAGCAUUCCCGGUCGGCGCACGGCAUGCGCAACUGCGAAGGCGACUCCGCUGCUACGGUGCCCCGCAGAAAUGCCCUCCCCUUCCUUCCCUUCGUUUUCGUCGUGUCAGCAGGUUAUGGCCUGGGAGAACGCAUGUAGAGCGGGGGAGUUCUGGGAACUUGAAGGCUUCCGCAGUCCCUCUUUUUUUAGAUGAGUCCUUACCGCGGGUCCUCACGCUUGGCUGCCCGCCUCUGCCGCGGAGCAAGCGGGGUCUGAGUCGCCCUGUUGUUCGUAUCGAGUUGAGAUUUCUUCUUUCCUUGAUUCUUUUCUUUAAGCCUUGCCUCGAGGGGCUCGACUCUUUUCUCUCCCUCGAGACGAGCAUUUCAGUUACUCCCUUGUCGACUGCUCUGCAUUCCACCAUCCGGCCUACACACUUGACACCGCCCAGGAAACAGAACUUGCUUUCAGGUAAAUCCUGUACCUUUUUCUCCAGCCUCUUUUCCCCCUUCCCAAAACGUGGACGGAAAGUACUGGCGCGCCACGUUGUCCAGCCCCCCCCCUCUCCCCGUCGUUUUUCGUUUUUUUCGUGCUCGCGAGACACCACCCGUUUUCCUUCUUCCCUUCUUUCUUUCCUUUCUCCCUCCUUCGUGACCUACGAUGGCUGAAACUGCUCUGUACUACCAGGAAUUAUCUAGAAAGCAGGCGCCUCAGCCUCAUCGGCUGCGGCCUGCGUCCGCGCCGCGCGCUCCUUCCUCAGCUGUCUGCGGCGAUUCGUUACAUGCAAACUCCACAGAAUUGUAUCCUCUGCAAACCAGUCAGCAGUGUUCAACUUCAGAGCACCCCGGGGGCAGCAAUCGAGAGCCUUGUCUGGCCUCCCCGUCAUUGCUCUCUGUGGAGGCGAAACCGCAGCCGCAGUCCACCUGCAGCAGCGCGUAUAUCAACAGCAUGUACAGACCACCCAUUCUGUCCCCGCAAGGCACAGUCGUUCCCCCAACCUUCGUGGGCGUUCCUCCGGCUCCGCCUUCGCUGCCUUCUCCUGGGGAGAUUUCGAUGACUGCUCUUGGACUUCCGGAAACAGAGACGAAGACCUCUCAAGAGCAGGCAAGGAAGCAUGCCGAGUUAACGGGACCCCCAACUUCGUCUCCGUACCAUGUAACUCCGCCUUCUCUCCUUUUCUCUCCGUUCAGCAUCGGCGGGCCUGAGAAACGGCACCCAGAGGGAAUCGCUCUCGCUGGCGCUCAAGAGCCUCUCGCCUCACACUGUCCCCGAUGCCGAGAAAGCUCUUCUUCUUUCUGGGAAGGCCGUGCUUCUUCCAUUUUGGGGUGUGAGGACGCCUCGCCGGCGUUCAUGGCACGCGCCUGUCCCCUUCAUGCAGGCGACGCGGGCGGAGCGCCUUGGGCGCGGGGGGUAUCUCUCGCUGUCGCUUUUUUUGACCUGCUCGGACGAGGUGUCUCCGCAUGCAGCCGGUCUCUGAGCCUCGGACCCCGGCAAUGCUACACCUCCAGAGUGGCUGUGCUUCUUCGAGUCGGCCUCGCGGUGCUGGUCGCCCUGGCCGUGCUCCUCUUCUUCGUGCAUGCAACGCACGGCGGAGACCGCAGCAGAGCACCUACAGAGGCGGAAAUCCCUCAGCCUGUUAACCGCGAGAAGGACUCUUCCAUCUGGGACGCGGCAGGUCUCCCUCACUUCGCCUCUCAGAGUGACUCCGAGCGACGCGGAGGCGCGAAACCCUCAGACUCAGACUUCACAUGGCUCGAAGACCAUGACACAGAAGAAGCAAGUGAGACAGACGAGAGAGACGCAGAAGAGAGCUUCUUCAUGGGAGGUGCGACCCAACUCGUUCAUCCCGGCGUCGGAGUGCAAGGCAAGGGCGCGUGCAGAGGAAGGAACUACCUUUCUCACACUCUCCGCCUGGCGCACGAGCAGUCUUUCUUCUCGCUCUUCGCCAACACUCAGGGCAUGGCCAAAUACGAAGCCAGCGACGUGAUCGGCGUAGAUGGCAGCUUAUAUACAGUGUUUGACUCUUCAUAUGCGAUCGGUCACACGAGUUACACGCUACGUCCCUUCGAUGAUACGAACUACCUCAUCGGCAAUCCAAAGCGAACUGGAGAUGAAGACUCGCAAUGGGAAGCGAUCACCUACGACGAAGUGACAAAACGCUUUUUCAUCGUUCGAGAAGCGAUCGUGAUGGAGGAGCACACCCCCUGGACGCCGACAACCACUUCCAGCGCUGCCCCAAAUGAGCAGAAAGAAGCUGCAGCAGCGCCUUCUCCGUCCAAGAAAGCAGGCAAAGUGCACAAGUCAAAGACAGCAAAUCACGGAGGGAAAGACGAGGCAGAAGCGGCGCGAAGUGCAGAAGUUGAAACAAGGGGAGCGACAAAGAAUGCUGGAAAACUGGAACAUUACCACGCCGUGAUCGAGGAAGUUGAAAUUAGUGAAAAGUCCUACAAGGUCGUCCAAGCCUGCCGAACGGAAUUCAGCUUCUCCGCGCAAAACAAAGGGUUCGAGGGCGUUAUCAGCCUUCGCGACACCAACGGGAAGUUUUUUCUCCUCGGUCUAUGCGAAGGCAACUACUGCAAGGGAGGCGCCAAGGGCAGAAAGCGAGGCAAUGGGCGUCUUGUGCUGAUGGAGAAAGUCGAAGCGGCCGGCACGGGCGAGCAAUGCAUCUGGACAACGGUUAGAGUUCUCCACCUGCCGCGAGAAGUCGCCUUCACGGACUACUCGUCCAUCGCCGUUCGAGGAAGCCACGUGGCCAUCACCUCUCAAGAAGACUCGGUCGUGUGGCUAGGGAAGUUCAACAUGCCCGAAGAUAAGCCGAAUCACUCAGACGGGGGCACGGGGGUUGAAGCCUCGGUCGACGCGCCCAAGAUGCUCCUGACAGAUCCAGCAGCUCUCGAAGUCGUUCCAGGCGGCCAAGUGCUGAACUUUCCUCGAGAUGAACAGUGCAACAUCAUCUACUGCAACAUCGAAGGCAUUGCGUUCGCCGGCAGAUUGCUUGUCACAGUUGCGGACAAGGUGAAAGCCUGGCAAGACCCUCGGUGCAUGGCGACGGACCAGCGGGUGCAUGCGUUUGUGUUGCCUCCGAACUUCAAAUACUGAUUUAACUGUUUUGAUUUCUAGAAGCGAAGCAAUUCUUGCACUUCUUCAGUAUUUGCCGUAAACGCGAACGGAGCCGCCUUUUUACUGAACGAACGAGAGGUUUUUUUAGAGAGCACUAUGGCAAGCAAUGCUUUUAUGUAGUGUUCCUGGCAAAGUCCUUCGGGGGUUCUGAGGUAGAGAGGCGGGUGUCGCACCCGAUAGGCUUUCUGUUGUGUUUUAUUUUCUCAUGCAGUUAGACGGGCAGAACGCGGCCUGGCAGCUAGUCUUCUGUCUCAGCGAACGCUUUAGAAAGCACACAAAAACCGGGGCGUGAUUUAUGUGUGCUAAAGGGCGUGCUCUUCGCUUGAGCUAUUGCGAUUGGUACUCAGCGCCAGGAGCACUUGGUAGCGGUCUCCGUCGGAUGGCAGGUUUUCGUCAAGGGGAGCAACUUCCCCUUUUCUGAAUUGCUUUGAAGCGGCAAUCUGUACGUUUUUUAGUUCCUCUCACAGCGAGAGAAACAGAUGUGUGUGCAGUAAGGACUUCGUGAGCCACGCGUACCCACCCGGUGGUUGUUUGAAAACAAGUCACGGGUGUGUCUUUCUAGAGUCACACCGUUGUUUCCACCGUACGACGAUUGCAUGCGGUACUAUGUUUUUUUACCGUUAAUGAGGGUAGACGAAAAAAUGGCUGUAAAGAGUUUGUGGAACGCUUGCCAUUCGAAGUCCAACUCAGGAAACGCUCGAGUCCUUGACCACGGUGACUGUUGCUGUUGAUUUGGACACUUGUGCUGAAGCGCAAACUCGCGUUGCUCCACAUUAACUGGAAUCCAGACGACCCUACGGCUGAAGUGAACAGUGAAUCAAAUCUACCGCAGCACACCAGGGCUAGACAGCUUGGACAAAAACCACGCAUGCACUGCAUUCGGACAAGGCUCACGAGAGUCUCAGAUGGAUUCACACCCGUUGUUCCCAGUCGUUCGACUGUUGAAGGUUUUAGGGGACAAAAGUGUCGUUGAAUCUCGGAGGUAACGUGGCAGUCGAUCGCCAGUGAAAUGAGGAAUCAUGUACAGAAUUCGGGUCCAUGAAUCUUCAUGGUCGCCGUAAGUUGUGUAUCGCAUCGUCCUACAUCGGCUGCCACGAAGGGAAAGCGAAGGAUGAGUGCACUGUGAUUUUUGUGUGUCAACCUAAAUUUCGCCUUUUCAACAUCAAUGUAAAAACAGUCAUUCAAACAGAGACUCUUCUUUCUCGUGAUGCAUUAUUUGUUACCUGUUACGCUGCAAUCGCUGACCGUUGAUGUAAACAUGCAAGCAUAGCUCUGUUGCUUUCGUUAUUCAUGGAUCUCGACAGUGCGGUCAUUUGAUGUGACCCUGGGCAUUCAAUUAGGUGUAUUUUACCGAAGAAAUGGCGGCUCUAUUCCACAGUGGCACACCGUAACCACACAACUUUAUAUGUGGCAAAAUGAAAGACUUCCCGUUCUGGUGCGACUACCACACCCGGUGAAUUGACCCAAGAACUCAUAAGAAUCUCUCCGUUUCCGAUGGCCCGUCAAGCGGCGAGAAUUCUUGAAAAGGAGUCGUUGAUUUCUA